AUGGGUAACAAGGCUUCACCUGCGGAGCUCAAGACCCGCAAGAGAGAAGACUAUCGUUUCUUCCUUGACUACCGCACGCGAUGGAACGACAAUGAUAUGUACGACCACAUGAACAAUUCCGUUUACAAUUUUUUAUUCGACUCUAUCAUCAACGCAUACCUCAUUGAGAAUUGUGGUCUCCAUCCUCCUACAGCACCACAGUUUGGCAUGUGCGUGCACACCCACACUGACUAUUUUUCGUCUAUCGCGUACCCUGCUGUCGCGGAGCUUGCCCUACGUGUCAACAAGCUAGGUAAAUCUAGCGUCACGUACGAGACGGCGCUCUUUGAGAAGGGCAAGGAUGAGGUGAAGGCGGUAGGGGAGUUUAUACAGGUGUAUGUUGAUCGUGAGACGAAUAGACCGCUAAAGGAUGGUAUGGCCUCAACGCUUCGUGAAAAGCUGCAGGAGCUGGUCGUUGAUGACGAUGCAAUUAAAGCAAAGGCUAAGCUCUAA